AUGAAUGGGUGUCAUGCAGACUGCUUGGAGAAACCACUCUCCAGGGGUUUCUGUGAACUGGGGAAACUGGUAGCCAGAAAUCCAUGGUGUUUUGUGAGCAUUCCUGUUAUUCUGUCUGUUGGAUUGGGAGUUGGAUUUUGCUUUCUGGAGCAAAAGCAAAUCAAUAAGCUGGAAGAGUUAUUUACUCCAGAAGGAGGGAUUGCAAAGAGCCAGAGAGAUUUUAUUAAGACGCAUUACCCUGUUAAUGACUCUGGCCAGUUUUCAGCACAACGGCUGUACACAGUGGGAACUUACGCAUCUCUCAUCAUUGUAAGCACAUCACAAAAUAUCCUGAAUACGACUGUCUUCGAGGAACUUCAGAAGUUGGACAGCGCAGUGAGAAACAUGACCUCGACGUCUAGCUACAGUUUCAAUCAACUCUGCACUCAAGUCAAUGGCAAUACUUGUUUCCCACCCAACCCUUUACUUACCUUAAUGCAGAAUAACACUGAGGAUCUCCUAAUAACCUACCCCAUGCUCCAUAACGGGAUAUUUGUGGGACUGUACUUUGGAGGUGUGACACUGAGUCCAGACAAUAACUUACUGAAGGUUAAAGCCCUGCGAUUCUUAUAUUACCUGAGAGAAGACAAUGACAAAAUCCACAAUAGCUUGGAAUGGCUCGAGCAGUUUAUGGAAUCCAUCCCUCACCAACUUGAAAAAUUACAACUCAAAUCUAUAAAGGUGUACCACUCAACAUCUAUUUCUCUACAAAAGGAGUUUGCGGGAAGCACAGAAAGUGUGAUCCCUCUGUUCUCCAUCACCUAUAUUGUGAUCAUUCUGUUCUCCGUCAUUUCUUGUGCCAGUUUGGAUAAUGUGCGAAAUAAAAUUUGGGUGACCACACUCGGAGUCAUAUCACCAGGAUUAGCCAUAAUGGCCAGUUUCGGGCUGCUCCUACUGUGUGGAGUUCCAUUCGCCAGGACAGUUGUAAAUGCUCCAUUUCUUAUUCUUGGAGUCGGAGUGGACAACAUGUUUAUUAUAAUCUCCUGUUGGAAGCAGACAAAAGUAACAAGCACCCUGGAAGACAGAAUGGCUCAUACAUACCGAGAGGCGGCGGUUUCCAUCACUAUCACCACUCUCACCGAUGUGUUGGCGUUCUACAUCGGCAUAAUGAUCCAUUUCCCCUCAGUGCAAUCAUUCUGUAUUUAUACCGGGACUGCCCUUGUCUUUUGCUACAUCUACUGCAUAACUUUCUUUGGUGCCAUACUGGCAUUGAAUGGGAUACAUGAGAAUAACAACAGACAUUGGUUCAUUUGUGUAAAAGUGAAGGACAAGAAGGACAAUGAUCAGUGUUCCUUGUACAAUGCAUGUUGCACUGGGGGAACAUAUGACAGAACACGUGAGACAGAGACUGAGCACCCAAUGACUGUAUUCUUUUAUAAGUACUAUGGUCCAUUUCUUACAAAUCCUUGGGCGAGGAUAUCGACCUUGGUUUUCUAUCUGGCAUAUCUAUCCGCUAGUAUUUAUGGAUGUGUCCAGAUUAAAUAUGGAAAUGAUAUCCAAAACCUGGCUAAAGUCAAUUCUUCCUUGACUCACUUCUAUAAUAUGGAAGCUUUAUAUUUUUCAAAGUAUGGGCCAAGGCUUAUGGUGGUUGUGACUAAUGAGGCUGAUUACUGGGAGAUAAAGACCCAGGUGGUCAUUGAAACUUGCAUGAGAGAGUUGGAAAAGAGCCCGUACAUCGCCAAAGAAUACUCCGUAUCCUGGCUGAGAACCUAUGAGAAGAUUGCUAAGGAGAAGAAUCUCAACAUAACCAAGAAAGAAAAUUUCAUACAAAAUUUGAGUAGACUCUAUGCACAUGUUUCAGAGUUCAAGCAGGAUAUCGUAAGAGACAGGAAUGAAAUUAAAACAUCCAGGUUCUUCAUUCAGGCCAUAAAUGUAUUCAACAUCGAUGACGCCAAAGAUAUGUUAAUCCACUUACGAGGCAUAACAGCUUCUUGCAAUGUUGAAAUAAUUGUUUACCAUCCAUUAUUCAUUUACUUGGAUCAGUAUAUUGUAAUCAUUCAAAACACAAUCCAAAAUAUUGUUGUGGCAACUGUGGUCAUGCUGGUGAUUUCCAUUCUGUUCAUACCAGAUCCGCUGUGCUCAUUAUGGGUGACGUCGACAAUUGCGUCAAUUAUUGCCGGUGUUAUCGGCUUCAUGUCCUACUGGAAAAUUAAUUUAGAUUACAUAUCGCUGAUUAAUCUUGUCAUCUGUAUUGGGUUCUCCAUUGAUUUUUCAGCUCAUAUUUUAUACGCAUUUGUUACUAAUAGGAAGACGAAUGCAAGUCAAAGGGUGAUUGAUGCUUUGCAUGUGUUGGGUUACCCCAUUGUGCAAGGAGCUCUGUCAACAAUCCUAGGGAUUGCGGCACUUUCAACCACAGAAACCUAUAUCUUCGGAACCUUUUUCAAGAUCAUGCUCCUGGUCAUUGUAUUUGGUGCACUCCAUGGGCUGUUAUUUAUCCCUGUGUUCUUGAUAACGUUCGGUGCUUGCAGGAUACCAUGUAACAGUGAAAUAGAACCUGAAAAAAAUGGGUCUGGAGGUACAAAGUCAUUGCCGGCCGCUGUGAUCUAUAGACCGCACCCUUUAGCUUUUGAAAAUGGUAUGAGAAGGCCAGAGUUGAGUCUGCCAGGGUAUUUCAGUACUGCACCCUGCGGGGGGGACUGUGGGGGUUUCGGCAAGGACUGCUACUGUAUGAGUUGGCAGAGAAAUGUUUACUGUGUUCUUCAUGCAGUAGAUGGACAGAGCAAUGAUGACAAUACAAACAAAAUAGUGGAAUAUAGGAAGAGGAUGCUACAAGUUUACCGUGAUCAUAAAACUGAUCAGGGCUGCAAUUAA